CAUCUAGACAUUUUUACAGGAAAUUGUUCUCUUAACGAUUUACUGAGAGUAUCCUUCAUCAAAAUGUGAAUAGUUUUCGUGAUAGAUAAAGUUUAGUUAGUGAAAAAUCAAUACUUGGAAAUGUUUGAAGAAUAAAUCAAUAUUAAUCUAAAAUGUGAAUCAUGAAUUGAAAUAAAGUUAUGCAAGAAAGUGAAUAAUAAGAAGAAGAAUGGAGGUUCCCAUGUCUAUGAUAGGUGGGCCGAAUUAUCAAUAUCAAUACGAGGAUCCUAAUCUGUGUCACCAGAUGGGACAAAUGUCUUUGCAGGACCCGGCCUUUAUAGAGGAACUGAGACGAAUAGAACAAAAUAAGACCAAUAGUGCUUACUUCCCAGGACAACCAAUAAUACCUAAUCAGGGCCAAGGGGUCUUCACGUUACCUGUACCAGGUGGUGCUACUGCGCCAGGGAGUAUUCCACCUGUUCAAGGAUUUCAAGGACUUUUACACAAUCCAGGAUCCACAGUACCAAAACCAAGAUCAAGAGAGGAGGUGUGUGAGUUGACAGCUGAGGAGGUUAGAUGGUUUUAUAAACCAGAAUUGGAUAAACUUUGGAUUCCAUUCGACGGAUAUGAUUCUUUAAGGAUAGAAAUCAGAUACAGACAUAUCUGGCAAACUAAAUGGAGACAGGGAAAUAAG